AUUGACUGUCUUGCCGCGAAAUGUCAAAUCAUGCAUGCAUGCGCUAAUCUCUGAUAACUGGGACGUAUAAUGAAUUGAAGUCAAAGCAAUGAAAAACAGUCAAGUCAAAUAUUCAGAGGAGUCAUCUGUUGGGAAAGAUGCAUUCCAGCAACUUCCAAAGAAACUGCAGGAUAAACUCAUGCCCUUCCAGAGAGAGGGGAUCUGCUUUGCUUUGUCGAGGGAUGGAAGGUGUAUGAUUGCAGACGAGAUGGGUUUGGGAAAGACGAUCCAGGCCAUUUCUGUGGCGUGUAUCUACAGACAGGAAUGGCCACUGUUGAUCGUGGUGCCUUCAUCCUUGAAAUACCCAUGGAUUGAGGAGCUGGAGAAGUGGAUACCGGAUUUGGACCCCAGAGACAUCAACUUGGUGGAGAGCAAGACCGAUACAAUGAGCAUCAGCACCAGCAAAGUCACUAUACUGGGAUACGGACUUCUCACCACAGACGCACGCCCCCUGCAGGAAGCCCUAAACAAGCAGCGAUUUGGCAUCGUCGUAGUGGACGAAUCCCACUACAUGAAGUCUCGUAAUGCAGCACGCAGUAAAAUACUGGUGCCAAUCAUUCAGAACGCCAAGCGUGCCAUCCUCCUAACUGGCACCCCCGCGCUGGGCAGACCAGAGGAGCUUUUCAUGCAAGUGGACGCACUGUAUCCCCGGAGGUUUGGAACCUGGAGUGACUAUGCCAAAAAAUACUGCAACGCACAUUACAAGUUUUUUGGGAACAGAAGACAGUGGGAUUGUCGCGGCGCAUCUCAUCUGGACGAGUUACACCAGCGUCUUAGUGAGAUUAUGAUUCGUAGACUGAAGAAUCAAGUGCUUACCCAACUGCCGCCCAAAAUACGCCAACGAAUUCCCUUCGACCUGCCCAAGGAUGCUGCCAAAGAAGCGAGUGCUAGUUUCGAGCAAUGGGAGAAGCUUAUGAGUUCUCAAAGUGAGAGUCAGUUUGGGGAGGUGAUGAGUCUCAUCACACACAUGUAUAAGCAGACGGCCAUUGCCAAGGCCGGAGCUGUGAAAGACUACAUAAAGAUGAUGUUGGAGACAGAAGAGCUGAAGUUUCUAGUCUUCGCUCAUCAUCUCAGCAUGCUACAGGCGUGUACCGAAGCUGUCAUCGAAGCCAAGGCUGGUUAUAUCCGUAUUGAUGGCAGCGUUCCAUCGGCCGAGAGGAUCCAACUGGUCCAUCGUUUUCAGAAUGAUCCAGGCACACGUGUGGCCAUACUAAGCAUACAGGCAGCUGGUCAGGGUCUGACAUUCACAGCUGCAUCUCACGUGGUCUUUGCUGAGCUCUACUGGAACCCGGGCCACAUUAAACAGGCGGAGGACCGCGCACACCGUAUAGGACAGACGAUCGCCGUACACAUCCACUACCUAAUCGCCAAAGGAACCUUUGACACCGUCAUGUGGGCAAUGCUGAACAGAAAGGAAACCGUAACAGGCAGCGCUCUGAACGGCAAGAAGGAGUAUUUGAAAGCUGAGGAGGGAGACAAGGAGAAAUGGGACUUCCUGAACUUUGCGCAGGCGUGGACACCGAGCGAUGCUACAGUAGGCGAUAUGGGAGACGACAAGGACGCCAUUUUCUUUUCUCACUUCGAAAAAGAAAAACAGCACGACAUCCGCUCAUUUUUCUCUCCUUCUGGAAAUAAAGAAAAGAAACGUAAAAGAACAGGCGAACAGUCUUCCGAGAGCCCUCCACAUGCUCGGUUACCGGAGGGGGCGGAGCCUAAUAAGACCCCAGAGAUCCGGAAAUCCGUUUUGAACGAAGGAGAAGAUUUUUCCCCGCAGAUGAAGCGUUUAAAACAGGUUAGCCCCUUGUCAAGGAACAGGGGUAAGAAAAGCCCCCUGUCGCCUCUGUGCGCCCCCCGCAGGCUCUCCACAGGACUGCAGGCUCCACGCCACAAUCAGAAGUGGAGCUGUGUGACGUGCACCUUCUCCAACAGUGGACUGCUGCUACGCUGCGAGAUGUGCGAGACCCCACGAAACUUGCAGAGAGUUUCCACCCCACCUUCCUCUUUACCGGACCACCCCUCCUCUUCUGCCUUUGACAGCGAACGUGGGCCGGCUGCACUCGGUGUCCCAGAUAGCGAAUCCACCACCAGCACUACACAGCCUCCAGAAUCGAGCCAACGGACCAAUCAGGAUGGGGCGGAAAUGCAAGGACAUACAGCUUAUGAAACGCAAGAACAGGAGGACGAGCUCACUCCAGGAACACACAUCAAUGGCGAUCCAGCUAAUGAUGAUCCCGGUUAUAAGCAGCCGGACGACUCCGUUCCGGUGUACGACAGUCUAAAGUUCUGCGCCAGCAAAAAUACAGACAGGAUCUACAUCUACGACAAGGAUGGAUGCCCGCUCCACUGUAACUUUAUUCCUUUGGAUAUCAGGCUACAGAACUGGGAAGAACUGCCACCAGAAUUCAGCCGCAUGGAGAACAGGAGACAGGUUGUGCGUUUUGUGCGGGAGUGGAGCUCUCUCACUGCGAUGAGGCAGAGGAUGGUGAGGAAGACUGGAAGAGUCUUUCACAGCCCCAUUCUUCUGCUGGAGGAGAUCACACAAUCACAGAGACGCCACAGCAGCACCUCCAGGUAUCUUUCCAAACAAGAUGUAGCUCAGACCUCCAUCGCUGUGGCCCAAAAAGAGGGCGGGGCUAUCCGUAUCCUCAUCAAGGACAGUGUCGCACCUAAAAGAAAAACCAAACCAGCUGACCAGACCGACAGCGAAGCCGAGAGCUCGGCGUGUGACCGGGCAAACUCUGAAUCCGGUUACCUGCAGGCCUUGGACUCGGCAGGGACGCCCCUGUGUCUGUCCUGCCAGAAGCCCAGCGGAAAUCACUCCGGCUGGGCAGGAGGCUUCUGCAGUCCCGCCUGCAUGGAGGACUUCCAGCUGCGCUCCAAUCAGGGCUUCAUGCGCGCCCGAGUGCUGGAGACCGAGCAGGGUGUGUGUCAGCACUGCGGACUAAACGCCCACCAGCUCUACCUGCAGGUCCGGGACGCCCCGCGGACGCACCGCAAGGAGAUCUUGGAUAAUACCUGGUUGGCACAACUUCCUUUGAAGCAGCUUAAUGAAAUGAUCCAGAAUCCAGCGGAAGGCCAGUUUUGGCAGGUUGAUCACAUUAACCCAGUUUACAGAGGAGGAGGGCAGUGCACACUGGAGAAUCUUCAAACGCUCUGCACCGUCUGUCAUCGCAUGAGGACGGCGCAGCAGGCCAAAGACAGAGGUCAGAUGAAACGAGACCAGGCUGCCACCAAACUGGCGUCUGACAUCACACGAUUUUUCGUGAAGAAAUAAGACGUUCUGUAUUUUAUUCACCUUGUGUCAAUAUCAAAAAAAUCAUAGUUUAGAAAUAAAAUGGUUGCCUUGGAAAUGACCUGAUUGCACGGAACGUCACAGACGCUACAUACGUCACAGACGCUAUAUGGUGUUUAACGAUCAUUAUUGAUGAACCUCAGGCAGUUGUUUUCUUUAAUGAUGUCUUGGGCUAGAAUUUUGCACUUUUACAUAUAAUGAUGUGCACAAAACGUAAAUACUUUUAUAUUAUAAGCAUAAAACUGUUCAACAGAGUAGUUAGCCCACUUGUGGUGCUCACGUGAGUGACCCAGGCUUGAAUCUGGCUUGUUCUCCGAGUACGCAUUUGCAGAACACUUAAGCCUGCAAAUACAAAUGUUUUGUAAUCCGAAGAGAGUUGCAGGUCUGUGCUCGGCGAAAAAAGCUUUGCAGUAAAAUGUUCCACUGUGGCUCGUAGACCCGCAAAGGCUGUUGGGUAUUUUUGGGUCAGUGAAAGAGAGCAAAGCGCAGGCUGAAACGUUCAUAUUUACACUUUGAAAUAGUUCGGCACUAUUGUAUGUGCAAACAAAUAUCAUAGAAGAGAGGUUUUAAAUGUAUUUGAUUCACUAUUUUCUUGCAACCCUGGAAAGUUUGUUGAAUUUGAAACCUGACUGACUAAAUAAAAGCAAUAAAUGUU